AAAAUGAUAAACAUUAUGUAUUUUGUAAAUAGACAAUUAGCAUACUAACUUUGAAACAGUUUCUGGUUGUAUAAAUUUGGUCUUAGUGUUGUUUACUACAUCUCCUAUACCAUGCAUGAUGAUAUUUUUUCAUGUCGUUUGCAUGCUUCCUUGAAAAAAAUCAGGAAAUCUAAAAUAUCAAGAUACAUCACAGAAUAAAGUGAAAAUAGACUUUAAUACAUGUGCGCGCUUAUAUUAAUAUAAAUUAAGAGGUACUUAACGUGAUAUUGGCGCAAUAGUUUUCAAGUCAAGUAUACUUCAAAACAAAAGUAAAAUUUACAGGUAAGCCUCUUGUAUUUUGUUUAAACAAUAGUCGUACCUGCACCACACAUGUAAAGUUUAUUUGCGCAAGUCUUUAAAUUGAGUUAGUUAUAUUAUCGAUGACUGAAUGUCUACGAAUAAAAGAUUUUAUUUCAAAGUCAGUGAGAUGUUUGCCUACGUUCUUUAUGUCUAAACCAAUUGUCAUCUCAACAAUCGUGUGGAUACGAAAACCGCAAUACAGUACAUUGCGUUAACAAUUCAAUAUCGAAAUAUUGACUGAGAAGGGCUCCGCUGUAAUCUUCAAACGAAUUUUUUCAGACAGUUUUCAUCCAAAGCUAUAGUGGCUUUCACAGUUUCAUUUUCUCUUUCAGUCUAGCAAAUACAUUUAUGUAAAUCAAUCCAUCAUCAUUAUCAUAAGAAGAAGAUGGACAUGAUGGAAUGUACAGAGUUAUUAGUCUUGUUUAUCUUUGUAACCAUUGUUAGUGGAGAAUGGGAGCAUUGCUAUCAAAGUUCCAUCAAGUAUAACGUUGUUUUUCGUGAAGGGCAUCACGCAGGAAGAUUUCAAAAAGAGUCGGACAUCAACGAGAUGAGGGCAUGUAUAAGGAAAUGUUGCCAAACACAAGAUUGUGAUGUUGCAUUUGUGUCACGUAACAAAUGUUACCUUGUAAGUUGUUACACAAUUAAAAGUUGUGCUACAAAUCAUCUCAAGAGACCCAAGUAUGAAACGAUGAUGUCUUUUGUCGCACCAUCAAGGAGAAACAGACCAAAGUUUGCAGAUGACAGUGCACAACCAUUUUUUUACAUUGCUAAAUCACAUGAAAUGAACCACACAAUGAUAUUAAAUGCACCAAAACAACGCGAUAGGAUAGCCAACUUUCAGUUUCAGGAAAGGGUUGAAAAUCACUUAUUCAGUCGGCGUUCUGAAAUUAUCGAUAUUAUUCUAGCUGCGGGAGCUUCCAUUGUGGCUAUAACAGCAGCUGUUAUUACGUUGAUUACAAUGAUGAAGAAACUUACGGAUCGUAGCGAAAAAUUGCAGUAUGAGACCAUCAGAUGAUCGUCUUAGUUAGAAUUGAGUUCCUUUCAAAUUAUAAACAACAUAUGUCGAUUUUUUAAUUAAAUUUAUAAGUAGAUUUAUUAAUGCUGUUCGUUUGAUGUUUCAUAAUAAAGUCAAUGGUUUUUGGCA